AGCUUCCGAUUGGCUGCUUCACUUGAUGGCGAAAGACACCUGACUUCAGUGUUAAACCGGCACGGUAAAUAAACACGGACCAUAGUGCACGAAGGCAAGUGCACGUAGACACUCGCUGAGAGCAAGGACGAAAAGAACUAGAGAUGCUGGCGUCUAGAGCAGCUGCAUACGGUCUGCAGUGCGCGCUCUGGAGAGGACCGUCCACCUGGGGGUGCGCGCUCGGGAGAGGACUGUCCACCGGCCAGCGCACGCUGGCCGCCCACGGCAAAGAUGUGACUGUGGAUGUGACUGACUGCUCCCAGCCGCAGUAUAACAAUCGCCCGGACACCCCACUGCCGGACGUGCCCUUUGUGCGGAGCCUGAGCCCCGAACAGAGGAAGCUGAAGGAGAAGGAGAAGGGCCCCUGGACCAGCCUUAGCAUGGAGGAGAAGCUGGCGUUGUACCGGAUGACCCACGAGCUCACCUAUGCCGAGAUGAGGAAGGGCUCCGACGAGUGGAAAACCGUACUGGGUGGACUCUUCUUCUUCCUGGGCUUCACCGGGCUGCUGGUGUGGUGGCAGCGUGUCUACGUCAUGGGAGAGGUGCCGCACACUCUGUCGGGCGAGUGGGUGGAGAAGCAGACCAAACGGAUGCUGGACAUGAGAAUCAACCCGGUGCAGGGUUUCGCCACCAAUUGGGACUACGAGAGGAAUCGGUGGAAGUAGAGACCCAGAAGAUGAGAGGCGCAACCUUAAUCGAUUACUGUGGCCCAUCAGUCAGCAAGAUGCUGCAGCUUUACAUGUGUCUCCUGUUAUAAAAAUAAAGGACUUAAAAUGGGAA